CUCUGUCCUCUCACUCACUCAUACCGUAAGUAAGCUAACAGAGCAACCACCUUCCGGACAUCAACACGAUUCCCAAAAUAACUUCUCUUCCUCUGAAAAAAUACCCACAGGCAUGAACAUCAAACACCCCCUCUCUCCCCUCUUCCUAACCUUCCUCUUCUUCCAUCUCCACCCUAUCCCAACCCUCUGUUCCGCUAACUACGACGCCAACACCACCACCCCAUCAAACGCCACUGAUUUCAUCCGUAUAAGCUGCUCCGCCACCUUAUACCCCGACCUUUGUUUUGCUUCCCUUUCUGGCUACGCCAACGCCAUUCAACAAGACCCAGCUCGUCUAGCUCGUACUGCCAUUGGUGUCAGCCUCUCUAGGGCCCGUCACAUGGCAGCCUUUGUCUCUAACCUCUCCCGUGAAGCCGACUACGGUGCCGACCAACGAGCCAGCUCCGCCUUACACGACUGUUUCUCCAACAUAGGUGAUGCCGUGGAUGAAAUCCGGGGCUCCUUGAAUGAAAUGCGGCGGCUUGUGAAUCCGGGUUCUGAGUCUUUCAGGUUCCAAAUGGGGAAUGUCCAGACAUGGAUGAGCGCUGCUUUAACGGACGAGGAGACGUGUACGGAUGGGUUCGAGGAUGUGGGCGACGGACCCAUGAAGACGGCGGUGUGCGAGAGAGCGGCGAAUGUGAAGAAGUUUACGAGCAAUGCGUUGGCAUUGGCUAAUAGCUAUGCAGAAAAGGGUACACAUAAGUUGUUGAAUGAGAAAAAUGUAUAAUUUCUAAUAACCUGAUAGUUCUUCUUGAUUGCUUUGCUUCAUUUCAACUUUUUUUUCUUCUGUACAGUGAUUUUGAAGAGAGUCUGUUUUAUUUUUCUGGUUUUACUAUGUUCUUUCCAUAGUGACUGAGAACAGAAAGCUGCAUCUUUUUGUUUGUUAAUGGAACUGAGUUUGCGGAGUUAAA